UGCCUUUGAAGCUUUUUUUUUUUUUUUUGGUCCGUUCACCCUUUAUUCACCGAUUUACUGAUGCUCCCGAUUUAGAUUUAGAUUUAACGCGGCAGGGCUAAGCUCUGGGCAGGCUGGAGCGCCGGCAAAACCGGAGAGAUCUUCCUCGCUCGCUUUGCAACCACUCCCGCCGCGCGGCUCGCCGCGCGCACACUCCCGCUCGCUCGCGCAGCCCGUGCAGCCUCCCCGGUGCUGCAGCUUCAGAAAGCCGCACGCUCUCCAGCAGCAGCAGCAGCAGCAGUCAUGGCGACAGUCGUCCAGCCGCUUACCCUGGACCGAGAUGUGGCAAGAGCGAUUGAGCUCCUGGAGAAGUUACAGGAGUCUGGUGAUGUUCCUGGUCACAAGCUUCAGUCUCUGAAGAAGGUUCUGCAGAGUGAGUUCUGCACCGCCAUUAGGGAGGUGUACCAGUAUAUGCAUGAGACAAUAACCGUCAACGGCUGUCCAGAGUACCAAGCUCGUGCCACAGCAAAGGCCACAGUGGCAGCUUUUGCAGCCAGUGAAGGUCACUCCCACCCCCGAGUGGUCGAGUUGCCCAAGACUGAUGAGGGGCUGGGCUUCAACGUGAUGGGUGGGAAAGAGCAGAACUCUCCAAUCUACAUCUCCCGCAUCAUCCCUGGGGGCGUGGCCGAGAGGCACGGAGGCCUGAAGAGAGGGGACCAGCUCCUGUCUGUCAACGGAGUGAGCGUGGAGGGCGAGCACCACGAGAAGGCCGUGGAGCUGCUGAAAGCCGCCAAGGACAGCGUGAAGCUGGUGGUGCGCUACACCCCGAAGGUCCUGGAGGAGAUGGAGGCCCGCUUCGAGAAGCUACGCACCGCCCGUCGCCGCCAGCAACAGCAGCUCCUGCUACAACAGCAGCAGAACCUCGGCGCGCAGCAGAACCACACGUCGUAGGACGUUCCAGAAGAUGACAAAAGUGAAGGAUGUGAAUUGAACUCUGCUGCAGCUUUGGAGCUCCUCAGUCUACAGCGAUCCAGUCAGUGGGUCUGAAAUGAAAGCGGCACUGGUUUCUGGUGAAGACCACCUCGCGUUCAGCGUACUACCUACAUCUUCACCAGGUCACAGCCCUUAUGAUCUGUGUCCUGAAAGCAUAUACAUUCUGCUCGAAAACGUAUAUGGUUACAGAAAAGACAGACCACUGCGUAGCUUGAUGGUUUAUGUGUUGAUUUAGUCGUCCUCCUCGACCAGUUGCAAGUUGUGACCGUCUGUCCAAAAAAGAAAAAUUCCCUCUUGUAGUCUGUGAUAACAUUAACUUGUGUUUCUAACGCUGACACUUUUUUUUUUUGCUGUUAUGUUUAUUUGUUGCCACAGCUGUGUACAAUAACCUCUUAACGGAUUCUUCUGGUGCUUUUGUCUGUGAGGAAGAAAAUUGCUUUUUGUGUCAAACAUGUCCUUGAGUGGAUAAAACUGAGGUAUUUUAUACCAUAUUGUAGCAAGGAGUAUUUUGUAUAAAAAGGUAGAUUUAGCAAUAACACACUUAAGUGGGUUUUACAUGCAUUACUAUAAGAUUUUGGGUAAACCUAAAUUUAAAACAAAUCUGUGAAAGUGUAUGACGGUAGCGCUGUGGCCCUUUAAAGGACAGGCUAGCAUGUCCAAGGCCGACAUGGUCAACACGACAUGGAGUCUAGCGGCGCUAUAAGGCCAGCAGUUCUGAUAACUACUGGUCUUUCAGCUCUUCUAGCCGCCAUUCUUCUGUAGCAAUGGUAACGCCUUCGCCCAGCCCUGCCCUCUCGGUUAUAUGCGUCAUUAUUGGACAGAAUGCUUGUACUCAGUGCUAAUCAGUGAUAGUUUAUGCGACCCUCAGACAGUAGUUGGCAACUGGUGUGACUACUGCAUUUAUGAAGUUGUUGACUGAUACAGUUUUUAAAGUUGCUGCCACACAGUUCUGAAGGAAUUUCACAGUUGCAGGGUAACUGAAACGUAAGUACGAGAUGCUCUAUUUAUGUUAGGACACAAUUUACUGUUAAUAUACAGCCAAUUAUGAAAAAUUCCUAUAUUAUGUAUUUCAAGACAAAAAGAAUGUCAAACAGAUUUAUAUAUUAUGUAGAGGCGGUGGUUUGGGGGAUCAUAACAUAGUAUUUUGUUAUUUUUAAAUUGUUAUAUUUUCUAAUUGUAAUCACAGAGUUUUAAACAGGCUAUUAAUUAUGAUCUUACUAUACUGAAUUUUACCAUAUAUACUGCAAUUAAUAACCAUCUCAUUUGCUCAGAACACCUUCAAGAUCUGUACUCUUUUCUAUACCCUGUCCACUUUUGACAAUCAUUGUGAAAUUAGCAUAUAUGUAAAUGAUACCAGUCCCCUCCCCACCCCACCCCCAAACCAUAAGAGUGACACACAGCCUACCAUGACAGUGAGCCUGGUUCAUCUAACCAGUCAUACAACAACGAGCCACAGAACAGUAGGCUGAACUGCAGAUGACGAGCAGUAGUCAGUAGUGGUGUUGUAUCUGUAUAACUGCUUUUUCCUUUGUUUGGUUUCCUGGUCAGAUCCUGGAUAAGUAUUUAUUAUAGCUUCUUUGCUUGUGAACGAUUAUGAAAGAGCUAACAGAGUAAGUAUUAGGUGCAAACGUAGUAUUUAGUUCAGCAGGUGAUUGUGUGAAGGUGUUUUUUGUCGCUCAGUCUGCUGUAUGAACUGUUCAUCCACUGACUUUUCUCCCUUUUUGUAUUUUUACCUAAAAACUUUUUCUUAUUGAUGACUUGCAUUUUCAAGGCUGGUAAUAUUGUACCUGUCUGUACAGAGACAAAAAUAAUACCAGGUGAUAUGCAAUUGUUAUAAAUAUAUUUGUAUAAAUAAAAUAUAUAUGUCCGUGUGUACAA